AACAAUAAAAUCGUGUUGAAUUAAAAUGGCGAUUUCGUUCGAGUCGGGCUCAUUUCAUCUCCAGCUGUUGAACAGAGUGUGUCCUGACAGAGUGCAUAUACGUAGUGAAAGUGAAUAAUAUUCCAAGACAUUCGUGAAAAUGAGCAAUUUGUACCCAAAACUCGUGGAAAAUGACGAGGAGCUGAAUUUGGGCGAAAAGCUUCCCCAAGAUGACGUCCUUCGACAAGACGCUGCGCGCGCACCUGACAGAUUCGGCGCCGGCGCGAAGUUUGCCGAAGGCGAGCUUCCUGUGAAGAAACGGAAAACGAGACGCGGGAAAUCCAAACGGAGGCACCCGUAUUUGAAAAACGCUAGAAAGUCGAACAAACUGAUUAAACCAGAGGCGCCCCAUAACAGCAACCAGUUUUUGCUAGAGGAUCACGGGCAAAUCGAGGAUCUCGAUAAAAAUUUGAUGUCUCCUUCGGCCGGGAGGACGAGGGACUCCAGUUUUAGCAUCGAUUCUGACGGGGACUUUUACUCUUCCCCUGAUGACGAAGAACAGUUUCUUAUAAAAGAUUUCGACGACCAGUACGAAAGUCUCCAGGCCGUGAGGUUCCAGACAUUGUCAAAGGGACAGUUGAUCGAAGAGUAUCUCAUUCUCGAAAACAAACUAGAAGAGAUGACAAAGAGACUGCAGAAAUUCGAAGAAGAUGACACUGAAGACAGCGGGCCGGAGCUCAAGCAAGAAAUCGAAAGGCUCACCAUAGAAAACGAGCGUCUGAGGAGAGAAAAUGACGUGCUACGCAGCAAAGUGAACCCUUCGGAUUCCGAAGACUCCGAGACUGACUCUAGUGAUUCUUGCAGCACGUCUUCGAGUAGCCACACCAGCGGCAGAUCCAGUAGGUCGCGCAGCCCCAUCUCCACCGUGGAUUACAGCAAGACAAACGGACACCUUGGCCCCGGCAAGCCUGUGUCAUAACUGAACGGUUCCACUUUUUCUUCAAAUCAGUGUUAUUUUUUCCAUUCCCUAUUAUAGAGAGUACCUAAUGCUUGUAAAGAUUGUUUUCUGGAGUUAUAUUUUAAUAUAUUCGCAACAAAUUUCCUAAGAAAAUGUAGUCAGCACCAGAGAUGUAUAAUAAUUAUGUAAUUCAACUAAGUUGUUUUUAGUUAGGCACUCGUUUAUUUCGUUAUUGAUUUGGUCUCAUAAUUUUAAAACCUCCAGUACAAUUACCUUUAAUUAGUGUUGAGGAUUUAAGUUUAUAAAACUUUGGUGUGUC